CACCCCUCAUACGGUUUUAUCAUUUCUCUCGAUUCAUAGUAGAUCUACCGAGAGAAAAAGAGAGAGGAGCGUGAGUUCUGGUUCUAGGGUUUAUUGUUUAUUUAAUUUCCAUUUUUGGGGUCUUUGAUACUUCGUUGCAAGAAGAGAUGGCGAAAUCGGUUAGCCCAGAUGCGAUAUCAGUGAUACUGUCGAACCCUACUCCAGAUUCAUCAGCUGAUCUACCCGAACUUAUUGUUCAAGUUCUCGAUCUCAAGGCUGCUGGCAACAGAUACACGUUUACUGUCACUGAUGGCAAGACGAAGUUGAAGGCCAUUUUGCAGUCUAGCUUGGCAUCUGAAGUUAUCAACGGGAAUAUCCAAAAUCUGGGUCUUAUCCGUGUUGUUGAUUACACACUCAACGACAUUCCAAACAAGAAUGAAAAGUACUUAAUUGUGACAAAAUGCGAAGCAGUCUCUCCUCCUUUAGAGGCAGAAGUUAAAAUUGAGCCUAAGAUUGAAGGAACUGGCAUUGUGUUAAAGCCAAAGCAAGAAGUUGUCACCAAAUCAGCAGCUCAAAUUGUCAAUGAGCAGAACAAAAACAUGGCACCUUCUGCAAGAAUGGCAAUGACAAGAAGGGUUCAUCCCCUCGCUUCUUUAAACCCUUAUCAAGGAAACUGGACUAUUAAGGUCAGGGUUACAGCUAAAGGAAACAUGCGCACUUACAAGAAUGCAAAGGGUGAAGGUUGUGUUUUCAAUGUGGAGUUAACUGAUGAAGAUGGUACUCAAAUUCAAGCAACCAUGUUUGGUGAGGCUGCAAGAAAGUUCUUUGAAGUGUUUCAAAUGGGAAAAGUGUAUUACAUAUCUAAAGGAACUUUGAAAGUUGCUAACAAGCAAUACAAAACUGUACAGAAUGAUUAUGAAAUGACUUUAAAUGAAUAUUCUCAAGUUGAAGAAGCUGUCAAUGAAGUCGCUUUUAUCCCUGAAACCAAGUUCUCUUUUGUCCCAAUUGAUCAAUUGGGACCUUAUGUCAAUCAGAAGGAGCUCGUAGAUGUUAUUGGUGUUGUGCAAAGUGUAUCUCCAACAAUGAGCAUUCGCAGGAAAAUUGAUAAUGAAUCAGUCGCAAAGCGUGACAUUGUUAUUGCAGAUGACACAAAGAAGACUGUUGUCAUCUCUUUGUGGAGUGAUCUUGCCACCGAUCUUGGCCAAAGACUAUUAGACAUGGCAGAUGAAUCACCCGUAGUUGCAAUCAAAUCUCUACGUGUAUCUGAUUUUCAAGGUGUAUCUUUAUCGACAGUGAGCAAAAGCAUCAUUGAAAUAAACCCGGAAACCCCAGAUUCCCAAAAGUUAAAAUCAUGGUAUUCUACAGAAGGAAAAGAAACAUCCAUGGAAGCUGUGGGCUCCGGUUUAAGCCCCUCCAUGAAAGCCGGUGGCCGGUCAUUGUACUCUGAUCGGGUCACACUUGACCAAAUAACCAGUAACCCAUCUUUGGGUGAGGAGAAGCCGGUGUUUUAUAGCACACGAGCAAGUAUGAGUCUGAUCAAACCUGAUCAGACGAUGUGGUAUAGAGCAUGCAAGACCUGCAAAAAGAAAGUUACUGAAGCAAUUGGAUCUGGUUUUUGGUGUGAAGGAUGCCAGAAGAAUGAAGACAACUGCAGUUUGAAGUACAUUUUGGCGGCAAAGUUUUCCGAUGUAAGUGGCGGAGCUUGGUUUUCUGUUUUUAACGAUGAAGCUGAGAAGAUUAUCGGGUGCUCCGCUGAUGAGCUUGAUAGCUUGAAGUCGCAGGGUGAUGGAAGUGAUUACCAGCUACAAUUGAAGAAGGCGACGUGGGUGCCAUUACUUUUCCGAGUUAGCGUUCAACCUCGAGAGUAUAAUAAUGAAAAACGACAAAGGAUCACUGUUCGAUCUGUUGCUCCGGUUGAUUUUGCAGCUGAAUCCAAGUUCUUGUUGGAGGAGAUUUCUUCCAUGAAAGCUUGAAGACAUUCUAGGGUUUUUUUGUUGUUUCAUUUUCUUUUGAAGUUUAAUUCAAAUCCUUGGGUGUCCUUUCAAGUAUGUAUCUAUCGAAUUUUAACAACUGAUUUAAUGAAAGCAUCAAGUUUAUCGUCUUUA